AUGGUUAAUAUUUCCGAUUUUUUUGGUAAAAAUAAGAAACCUGCAAGAUCGUCAGCAUCCAGACCCAUAGGACAUGCGAGGGCAUCCGAACCAGAAAUAAUUGAUCUAGAAAAUGAACCUGACAAAGAAUCAAAUGAUAAAACACCUAAGAAAGCACCUGUAAAUAAGAUAAUUGAUAUAUCAGAGACUCCUGAAUCAGAAAAGAAAAUACCUAUUCUCAAAAAGAGAAAGGCAUCUUCACCAGUUGCAAAGUCAUUAGUUCCAAAAAAAAAACAACGUCCUUCCAAAACAUCAGGCCCAACUCUUUCAGAUGUUACGGCUCAAGAUAUACUGGCUAAAAUACCAUCAUUAGAUCUGUCAAGUGUCCACGUAAAAGAGAAUGUUAAGUUCGAUUUUAAAAGCGCAGAUUCAAAUGUGGAUCCAGACGAAAUUGCUUCUGAAAUAAGUGACUUUCCUGAAGGUAAGCCGAACUGUCUAUUAGGUCUGACGAUUGUCUUCACAGGUGUAUUGCCCACUUUAGAACGUGGUGCGUCUGAAGCUCUUGCAAAAAGGUACGGUGCGAGAGUUACUAAAUCAAUUUCAAGCAAAACUUCUGUGGUAGUUUUGGGUGAUGAAGCAGGUCCAAAAAAACUGGAAAAAAUCAAGCAGUUGAAAAUCAAAGCCAUAGACGAAGAGGGCUUUAAGCAAUUGAUUGCCGGAAUGCCCGCUGAAGGAGGUGAUGGAGAAGCUGCCGAAAAAGCACGUCAAAAAUUAGAGGAACAACAGCAUGCUGCUGCCAAAGAAGCACAAGUACUUGUCAAGAAGGAGGAAGAAAGGGCUGAAAAACUUGCCGCUUCUAGAGUCUCUGGUGGUCAUGUUAAAAGAGACGAUAUGAUCAGGGAAGAGGAUAAAUUAUGGACGGUGAAAUAUGCACCAACUAAUUUGCAACAGGUUUGUGGUAACAAAGGAAGUGUGGCCAAAUUGAAGAAUUGGUUAAAUAAUUGGGAACAUUCGAAGAAAAAUGGAUUCAAAAACCCCGGUAAAGACGGUUCCGGUGUAUUCAGGGCUGCGAUGCUAUACGGUCCUCCUGGUAUCGGAAAAACUACCGCCGCUCAUUUAGUUGCGAAAGAACUUGGGUAUGACAUUCUUGAACAAAACGCUUCUGAUGUCCGUUCUAAGACUUUACUUAAUGCUGGUGUCAAAAACGCUCUUGACAAUAUGUCAGUCGUAGGUUAUUUCAAACGCAACGAAGAUCUUCAGAAUAUAAACGGAAAACAUUUCGUGAUCAUUAUGGAUGAAGUCGAUGGUAUGAGUGGUGGUGACAGAGGUGGGGUUGGCCAACUGGCACAGUUUUGUCGCAAGACGUCGACUCCAUUAAUUCUAAUUUGCAAUGAGCGUAAUUUACCGAAAAUGAGACCCUUUGAUAGAGUCUGUCUUGACAUUCAAUUUAGAAGACCUGAUGCUAACAGUAUCAAAUCAAGGCUAAUGACAAUUGCUAUUAGGGAAAAGUUCAAACUGGAUCCAAAUGUCAUUGACAGACUGAUACAAAGUACAAGAGGUGAUAUCCGUCAAGUCAUCAAUCUCCUUUCAACAAUAUCUACGACUACCAAAUCUAUUAACCACGAAAAUAUUAACGAGAUAUCAAAGGCAUGGGAAAAGAAUAUUGCCUUAAAGCCUUUUGACAUCGCCCAUAAAAUGCUAGAUGGACAAAUAUACUCAGAAGUAGGAUCAAGGAACUUUACCUUAAACGAUAAGAUCGCGCUAUACUUUGAUGACUUUGAUUUCACGCCCUUAAUGAUUCAAGAAAACUAUCUAUCUACAAGGCCGAGCGUUUUGAAACCUGGCCAAACGCAUUUAGAAGCUGUUGCUGAAGCGGCUAACUGUAUUUCGUUAGGUGAUAUGGUCGAAAGGAAAAUUCGUAGUAGUGAGCAAUUAUGGAGUCUAUUGCCACUGCAUGCGGUUCUUUCAUCAGUUUAUCCAGCUUCAAAGGUUGCUGGCCAUAUGGCUGGAAGAAUUAAUUUCACUUCCUGGCUAGGUCAAAAUUCUAAAUCUGGUAAAUAUUAUAGGUUGCUACAAGAGAUACAUUAUCACACAAGACUAAGUACAUCUACCGACAAAAUUGGAUUAAGGUUGGAUUACUUGCCAACUUUCAAGAAACGACUAUUGGAUCCGUUUUCGAAGCAAGGAGCGGAUGCAAUUCCAUCUGUUAUUGAAGUAAUGGAUGAUUAUUACUUGACCAAGGAAGAUUGGGAUUCCAUCAUGGAAUUUUUUGUAGGGCCUGAUGUGACCGCCACAGCUAUCAAAAAGAUACCAGCGGCAGUUAAAAGUGGAUUCACACGAAAAUAUAACAGUAUGACGCACCCGGUCGCAAUCUACAGAACAGGCAGCACUAUUGGUGCGGGAGGUGCUGCUACCAGUACUACUACCCCUGAUUUCGAAGAUGUCGUUGAUGCCGAUGACAACCCAGCUCCUGCAGAUGAUGAAGAACCCCAAGACAGUGGCACAGACUUAAAAAAGGAUAAACUUAUCAAACAGAAAGCUAAACCUACUAAGAGGAAGGCCAUUAGCGGCAAAACGAGUGCUAGUAAAAAGAGGAAAACUAAAGCAUGA